AUGAAGAGGAUAGGCGAUCUUAAGGCCAGAAGCAAGAGGUGCUUGGUUCGGAGGGAAGUCCCUGGCCCGCCGCUCCGGAUUUCCUGGGACCUGGCGUACAGGAUGGCGAGGUAUGAGCAGCGGCUGAGAACCCUUUGCGGAUGCAUGUCUCCAAGGGAGGUUUCUGUUCUUGUGCCGUGGAAGAAAUCGUACGAGAGAAAGGGAUACUAUGAGGGGAGGGCUGCAUUCGACAUUGAUCUCCAGCCAUUUGUCAAUCUUAGGGCCCUGAGGGUGAGUGACUCGCUCUCCUUUGAUCUACUUUCGAUCAACAACACGAGCAUCAGGAAGCUCAAGCUCUCCAAGGUUCCGAAUGUAAAGAUGGGGGGUCCUGUAAACACCGUGCUACAGGAAGUGGUUCUGAAGGACAGCACGGUGGUGUAUAAGGAUUUGAUGAACAUUCUUGGGAUAGAGUCGCUGAUAGGCGUGUCAUUGAUAAAUGUCGAGGUUUCGGGAUGCCAUGGAUGGAGAAAGAGCCUUCUUGAGAGGCUCAGGGGGAUGGACCGGCUGAAAAAGGUAGAGCUAACUAAUAUGGGGACUGAUCUCCAGUGUUUUAUUGAUCUGUCCAUUUCGAAGGGGCUUACAUGGUUUAGGAUUGCUGACGGAGACCUCUGUCUGGAUGUCAAGCUGUGUCUCUUUGCAAGUGUUGUCCGGUGUGUAAACGCCUUGGAAUACCUUACAUCUCUCGAUCUUGGGAUGGUGGAGGCGAUGUAUGUUGGAGGAAGGGAUCUGAAGCAUAUGAGAGAGAGUCUCCCUAGGCUUCGGAUGCUCCAUGUGAACACGGCGGAGAUAGACAGCAGGGUGUUCAGGGAGAUAUACCCAAGGUAUCCAGGUCUUGUUGGGCUCGGAUUUGUCGGGUGCACCUUUGACGGAACCUCCUUCUACGAGAUUGUCAUGCAUUUCAAGAGCUCGCUAAAAUACCUGAACCUCACCUCGUCGAGGCUUCCCCACGACUAUGUCUCUUUCCUGAAGAAGAGCCUCCAUUCCUGCUCUGUGAGGCUGAAAAGCGGGGAGCUUGUUGCCAUUGGAAGAGCUCUUACCGGGCCGGCUGUUGAUGAGCCUGACCAUCCAGGACCCAAUGAGGUCUUUAUGUGA